AUGUCGCGAUGUAUGACAGGUUGUAGCCCUCUCAAAAGACGUGCUCCAAUUGUGCAAGUACGACUGAGGAGAAGCAAAAUGCAUCUGCAUUUGCGACACACUCGUGGAUUGGACGCCAAAGGGAGAAUGCAUAUCACAGCUGAUGAAAUGGCUGAAAUAUACCAAAGUUUCCAUGCAGCACUCAACGAAACUUACUGGGAAACAGCUUCCAACCAUAAAAUUUGUACUGAUGUGAUGGAAACAUUGAAGACAACACAUAUUUCGAAGAAGAACGGAAGGUUUCUUCUUCUGUUUACUUCAGCGCUUUCCGAAGCUUAUAGUCAUGCAAAUUACAAUGUUCAAGGAUUACUGUACGAUGACAGGGAUAUUGUGCGAGCCAGUUAUUGGUCAGAUAUCUUAUUGUUCUACAAGGCAGUGAUGACGAAGGCUGAACGAGUGAAUACACAAAGUAAAUGCUGUCAUUUACUGGCUUUACUACUUCACUUUGCCUCAUUAUAUAGCCUCUACAAGGACGUCGCUGAAGAGGAAUUUAUUGUGUUGCUCUACAAACGUGCAGAAAAUUACGUGCUGAACGACCAUCACCGCCAUACCGAAUCUGAAGAAGAACAAAUUCGAGAAUAUCGAGAGGCUAUUGAGACGAUCUACCACUUGAGGGGUGAACGAAGACACUCCAAAUCACAGGUUGUCGAGCAGCAAGUUGCAGUAGAGGAAGCCCCAACACUUGUUCUGGACGAAUCCGAUGUAGUUGGCAUUGCUCCAGCAGUAGAAGCUUCAAAACAGGAAACGGUCCCAUCGAGAGAUGAGCUCUACGCAAUCUAUGAAAAAGCUCUGGCUCGACAUAAAAAUAUAGUAAUGAAGAGGCAGCAGACUCUUCAACAAGAAGACGAUUUAACACAAGAAUCCAUUGCUACCGCUACGGAAAAUUCUGAAGAGGAUGAGUUGGAAGGAGAUGUGAUCCUGCGAGAGAAUUGUUCCGCAGCAGCUCAGCCGCAACCCUCUCUGAUCACCUCUGAAGCUGAGCUCAAACAUGUCAUUGAAAAUUUGAACCCAGUCCAGUUGUCAUCAAAAGCUGAUGUUGAAGAGGAGGAAGUUGAAGCUACCAAUAUAAAAAGCGAACCCAAACUGCGGCCGACUAUGAUCUCUGCUUCCAAACACUGUGCGGAGCGGAGAAAUACCUUAGCCACUUUACCUACAUUGCGGGAAACUCGAAAAGACGGCAUAGUCCUUGAUAAAUUUGACUUCAUCGGAGAAUUUGAGAAGAGAUGCGGAAGAAGAAAAUUUACACAUGGGCAAAAAAUGGAUUUACCUGUUAUUGGUAAACCUCACAAAGCCGACACAAUACAAAGUUAUCGCAGAAAGGGCCUGUUCGAUGAUGUUGAUUAUCGCAGACCUUCUAAUCUACCCGGCUGCGACUCUCAAGAAGACGAAGGCUUAAGAAGAACACACAGUAUAUACACUUGCCAGGAGGAAGAAGAAUUAGCUGACGCUGUGAUUAAGGAGGAUUUACAGAAUAACAACGAUUCACUCGAUUCUUAUUUGACUGAAAAGAUUAUAAGAGCGGUUUUAGCUGAAAAACCUAUACAUAAAGCGAAAGUCGAAAAGUUCGUAAUCCCUGUGAUUCAUUUCCUAGAAAGAUUGUUAUAUAUUUGUGGCAUCUUUGUGAUUUGCUUGUUUGUUCCAUGGUUUAUUGAGUCACUCGGGAUCUUAUAUGAAUACGCUUUUUGCAUUGUACAUGACAACCCCUUGGAUUUGAAAAAUCCCAAUCUUGAUAGAACUCAAGAAGACUUUCUCUACCAUUUUGGAUUUGGAACUGAAUCUUUUAAUAUUGAAAAAGUAUUUGGAGAUACAAAGUUCGUUUGCACUGGUAACUCUGUUACCAAAAUAAAACGCUAUGCUGAACAAUUUGCAAAAGAAUGCCAAAUUCCGUGCACCAACAACCUCUCUAAAAGCGAUUACUUCGUCCUAUACAAAACCGGGAAAGUAGUGUGGGUUAAUCAUGGAAUGGGAAACCCUUCUGUUAGUAUCAUGCUCAAUGAAAUUUUGAAACUCAUGUAUCAUGCAAGAGCAAAAGAUGUCAAAUUCAUUCGCCUGGGAACUGCCGGAGGCAUUGAAGUAGACCCCGGUACGGUUGUCAUUACCAAAAAUACCAUCAAUGGUGAAUUCAAUGAAAAAUAUGUGCAAUGGAUAGCGGGCGAGAGGGUGGAACGUGACACUUCUUUUGACGAAGGCCUCCGAAAAGAUCUGUUAGAAGUGGCUGAGGAGAAAAAUAUUCCUGUUAAAGUUGGAUAUACUAUGUGUUCUGACGACUUUUACGAAGGAUUGAUGCGUCUCGACAGUUUCCUUUGUGAUUACAAAAACGAUGAUAAAGUGGCAUUUUUGGAGACAUUGCAUGACAAAGGAGUAAUAAACACCGACAUGGAAAGCGCAUGCUUUUCGUCAAUAACGUAUCGUGCUGGAUGUAAAGCUGCAGUUGUCACCGUUGCACUUUUGAAUCGUAUGGAGAGCGACCAGAUAAAUUUACAAGGCGAUCAACUCAAGGAAAUGGAAGACCGACCAUUUCGAAAUCCAGCGAGGCCACACCACAAGGGUAGCGCAACACAGGGUACACUGAUGCUCGUUGGCAAAGAUCCCAUGGGUCCUCCGACUACUCGCGCUCGCACUCCGUACAAUCUCAGGGCAGAAGCCCCGACAUCGCCAGAAGCUCCUGGCAAUUUUGCCAGUGCGGUCAUGGGCUUGUUAUCCAAUGUGGGCGACGACGUGUUCGUACCCGGAUGUGACGCCAAGACGCUACGCGACGCCACCGCUCAGGCGUUCACAGAGGCCUGGAAGGACUUCAGAGCGGCGCGUCUGCCUUGGCAAAGCAGGGUGUGUCCUGGAGUGAUGGACUCGAGGAGAAACUGGGAAGCUUGGACGCUGCUCGGCCGCCAACGACCCGGAACUACUCACCUCUGGUUGCUGUUUGCCCCGUCAACUACGACACCUGACUCCGCGAAUGGCAUACUGAUACAGUCGUAUUCAUAUAUCGCCGGCUCUGAAUAUCCUCCUUUUGAUCUGAAAAAUCCCAAUAUUGAUACUUCUCAAGAGGACUUUCUUUAUCAUUUCGGAUUUGGAAGUAAAUCUUUGGAUGUUGAAAAAGUGUUUGGAGAUACAAAGUUCGUCUGCACUGGCGGCUCUGACACAAGGAUGAAACUCUAUGCUGAACAAUUUGCGAAAGAAUGUCACGUCACUUGCACUAAUAAUCUCUCAAAAAGUGACCGUUUCGUUCUGUACAAAAGCGGAAAAGUAGUAUGGGUCAAUCAUGGAAUGGGAAACCCUUCUCUAAGUAUUAUGCUUAACGAAAUUUUGAAACUCAUGUACUAUGCAAAAGCAAAAGACGUUAAAUUCAUUCGUGUGGGAACUUCUGGAGGUGUUGGGGUAGAACCGGGUACUGUGGUCAUUACCAAAAAACCACUUAAUGGUGAAUUGAAUGAAAAAUACGUGCAGUGGAUUGCUGCGGAGAGGGUGGAACGUGAUACGUUUCUCGACGAAGGCCUCCAAAAGGAUCUUAUUGCGGUGGCAAAAGAAAAAAAUAUUCCCGUUGAAGUUGGGUACACCAUGUGUGCUGAUGAAUUCUAUGAAGGACAAAUGCGCCUUGACGGUUUCCUAUGUGAAUACAAAAGCGAUGAUAAAAUGGAAUUUCUGAGAAAAUUACAUGAUAGGGGUGUACGAAACAUCGAAAUGGAGAGCGCCUGCUUUUCGUCAAUGACGUAUCGCGCUGGAUGUAAAGCGGCAGUUGUCUGUGUUACGCUUUUGAAUCGUAUGAAAGGAGAUCAAAUAAAUCUUAAUGCUGAUCAACUCAAAGAGAUUGAAGACCGCCCCUUUAAACUGGUGACUGCUCUCAUGAGGAAACAACUUGGAUACUAA